UGUAAAUUGAGUUCUGAGAAUUCCCAUCUUCACUCAUCAUGGCAUUCCCACAAUUCAAGCAUCCCCUAUUCGGCCAUCGAACCGGACCGAUGAAGCCGCCGCAACUACAAAGAACCUCGGAUGUCGCACAAGAGGCAUCAAGCUCAUCAUCUAGCUAAAUUCCACAUCAAAACUCCUGAAAAUGCCUCCAACACUACACAUCCGUCUGCUAGUGCGUCCCUGGUUACUGUCGCGCCUAUCCCGCGCAUACUCCACCGCUCAGAAACCCCUCAUCAAUGUCCACGAUGUUCAAGCUCCCAACACCGGUCGAAUCCGGAUCCUCUCCCUCGCGAGACCAGAGGCCAGAAAUGCUAUCUCGAAGCAGUUAUUGUAUGAGUUAAGGAACAAUAUCGAUAGUAUCGCGGGGGAGUAUGCACGGGAUGGGAGCGAAGUACCUGUGGAGGAUGGGGAGAAUAAGAUGGGGCCGACGAGGGCUUUGGUCAUUGCUAGUGAGGUGGAUAGUUGUUUUUGUGCCGGCGCAGAUUUGAAGGAGAGGAAAGGAAUGACACCGGAUGAGUAUGUUCUACGUCCACUACUAAUUAAAGAAUUGGCAUGAUGGAAAUUGAACUGACAAUACCCAGAACCGAAGCAUUCCUCACCGUCCUCCGCAGCACAUUCGUAGCUCUCUCCGCCCUCCCAAUCCCCACCAUCAGCGCCAUAAGCUCCGUCGCUCUCGGCGGCGGUCUCGAGUUAGCACUCAGCACCCAUUUCAGGGUCAUGGCAUCAACUGCCACCGUGGGACUUCCAGAAACACGUCUGGGUAUAAUUCCCGGCGCAGGAGGAACCUAUCGUCUUCCAGCUCUCAUUGGGAUGUCUCGUGCUCGUGAUCUGAUUCUUACCGGUCGAAGAGUAUCGGCUGCUGAAGCGUACUUCCUGGGGAUUGCAGACCGAUUGGUAGAGGUGGUGCCUUCGGAAGGAGAAGACAAUCAGACGACUAUGAAGAGAGCUGGGGAUGAGGCGUUGAGUGCGGCAGUUAGCCUGGCAGGUGAUAUUUGUGAAGGGGGUCCAAUAGCUGUGCGUAGUGCGUUGCAGGCUGUGGGUUGGGCAAGGGAAGAGGUGGAGAAUAAGAUGUAUGAAAAGGUUGUAGGGACUGAGGAUCGGAAUGAGGCUUUGAAAGCCUUUUCAGAGAAGAGGAAACCAGUUUUCACUGGUAGGUAGCGAGCUUGUAUUUGGAAAUACGGGUGUAGGAUUUACAUAUAAAGCGUAAUACAAUCGCUUUAGGGGC